AUGACUGUUGUUUUUUUUUCUUUCAAUAUGAGUCUACCCGAUCGCAAGAUGUCUGAGGGAGGCCUCGAUGAAAAACACGUUAGCUCAGAAGUUAUGUCCACGCCUCCAAGCGAGAACGAUGUCAUUGUCAAAGACUGGGAUGAAGAAGAGUCCGCCGUGAGGCGCAAGGUCGACUUUAUCUUGAUUCCGAUCCUUGCCGUAGCUUUCUUUGCAUUGCAGAUGGAUCGCGGAAACAUCAGCGCCGUAUUGACUUCAUCUAUCACGCACGACCUCCACAUCACCACGAACCAAAUCAAUAUUGGCUCCCAGCUGCUAUCGGCGGGUAUUGUGCUGUCGGAAAUUCCUUCGAAUAUUAUCAUGCAACGACUCGGACCCCGGAUCUGGCUCUCUGGUCAGCUUUUCGCAUGGGGACUGGUCGCCACAUUCCAGGCUUUUGUUCAAUCAUAUGCCGGAUAUCUGGUGACGAGAAUAUUGUUGGGAUUCUGUGAAGGUGGUUUCAUUCCUUGUGCUCUGUAUUAUUUGUCGACUUGGUAUAAGAAGGAUGAAACCAGCCUGCGGACUAGUUUGUUCUUCUACGGGCAGAUGUUCGCUGCCGCGACGUCGAGCUUGAUUUCGGCCGGUCUGCUGAAGCUGAAUGGUACCCAUGGGUUGGAGGGAUGGAGAUGGAUCUUCUUGGUCGAGGGUCUGAUCACACUCUUCAUCGGAAUCAUUUUCACCCUUCUUGUUCCCCCGUCUGCUGGCGACGGUCGUCCGUUGAUUGCUGCUGGUCGCUGGAGCUAUUUCACAGAGCGCGAGUCGCACAUUAUUCGGAACCGCGUUCUGCUGGACGACCCUCGCAAAGCCCGAGGACACAUCCAAAUCAAGGGCCGGGAUAUCUUGAAUACGCUCAAGGAGCCUCGUAUCAUGCAACAUGUUGCUCUGACUCUGGUUGCUAUGACCAGCUUCCAGGGCAUCACGCAGUACAGUCCUAGCAUGAUCAAGUCCUUGGGCUUUGAUGCGGUCAAGGCCAAUGCGCUGAACUCGGUGCCUGUGUACUGCAGCAUGGUUUGGCUGCUAAUUUUGUCACUUGCUUCUGACAAAACGAAACAUCGUGGACCGUUCGUUCUUCUGGCCAUCACGUGGAAUGUGAUUGCCUACGCCUGUCUUCGCACGAGCGACACCCACGCCUCACAAUGGCACCGCUAUGGAGUCAUUGCUGUUGCAAAUGUCUCCUAUUGCACCAUGCACAUUCUCAACAUCGGCUGGUUGUCGUACUACUGCCGCACGCCCCAGGAGCGGAGUGUCGCGAUGGCUCUGGUUGUUAUGGCCGCUAAUUGCGCGGGUAUUGCUGGCUCCCAGAUCUUCCGGACAUCCGACGCGCCGAAGUAUCUCCACGGUCUCACCGCUAGUGCUGCUAUCGCCGGUGUUUCAUGGGUGAUUUGCUUUUCACUCGGUGUGCAAUAUUACUUUCGUCGACAAAAGGCCCGGUCGUCGGAUGAAGAGGCUGAGAAGGUUCCCUCAUGA